AUGGCUACUCGCGGACGAGGUCGAGCACGUAUACGAGAAAGUAGGAAUGAGCAACCAGCUAAUAACCAUGUCGAGUUCAUGGUGGCCAUGACGAAUCUGGCGAAUGCCAUGGAAGAGAAUGCUACUGCGACUCUGCAAGUUGUGCAGAGGUUAGCCCGACCGGCCGGAAGCGGAAACGAAAAUGGAGAAGGUGCUGAGUACAGCUUGAGUGGUGUCCCAAGAACUCUAGCUGCUUUUUUGAAAGCUAACCCACUUGCUUUCAAUGGAUCGAUAGCUCCUGCUGAUGCAGACAACGGGUUCCAAGCUGUGGAGCGGGUAUUACAGACUCAACAUGUACCGUACGACAAGUUCAUGGAGUAUGUGACAUAUCAACUAUUGGGUGAAGCUCAGCGAUGGUGGCAAAGAGAGCACCAAUUGCUACACCAACAGAAUGGGAAUGUGGAGAUUACCUGGGCAUUAUUCCAAGAAGCUUGCUACAAAAAGUACUUGCGUGAGUCAAUGAGGGAGGCCAGAGAAUUGGAGCUCUUACAGCUGAAGCAAGAGUCCAUGACUAUAGCUGAAUACACCAGCAAGUUCGAGGAACUCUGUAAGUUCUCGAGGAUAAGUCAGGGUACCCCUGAGUCUAAUAAGGGAUUGAAAUGCGUCAAAUACGAAGUAGGGCUGAGAGGAGAUAUCAGGCGUGCUAUGGCUCCAUUGGAGACUAGGAGAUUCUCUGAAUUGGUGGACAAUGCGAGGGUUGUUGAAGAAUAUGCAAGGACGGUAGCCUCAUCAAGGGACUCUCAUGGGGGAGACUCUAGUAGGGAACGCGAUGAUUACCUCGGACCAAGGGGACAGAACUUCAAGAGAGAUGGACAUACUCCUCAGCAUCUGCAAGGUCAAGGGAACUUCAGAAAGGACAACAAAAAGGCCCAGUUUCACCUGGCAAAAAGAGAUGGUCGAUGCUAUACUUGUGGGAAACCUGGACAUAUAUCUAAGUACUGUCGCUGUAGGAGGAAUCAAGAUGAGGGUCAGAGUCAACAGUCAGGCUGUGUGUGUACCUUGGAUACACGUGAUGCGACGGGGUCGGAUCCUCCGACGAGAGGUAAGCGUAUGCUUUGA